AUGAAAUAGAGUUUGUCUCGGGUCAGUUCAUGAGGUCGGACAUUUUUUUGAACUAAACUCCACCAGUGUAACGUCAGAUGACGUCACAGAGACAGCUGCAGAUUUUUUACUUUCGCUUUUGACGCCUCUAUUUUGAAGAAGUGCGCAGUUUUCUCUGCGUCAUAAACACUUUGGAGAAGCAGAAAGUGAGCUGUGAGUGAAGAAGAGUUCGGUCGUUUUGAAAGUUUACAUUUGUUUUGAACUUUAGUCACCAUGGGCCAACAAGUCUGACAGAAGCCUAUCAGCGUGUCGACGGUCAAACAGCAUGGAGCCGAACAUCCGGACUGGACAUGGAUCUGUGCCUGCACCAGGCAUUAAGUCCAUUAAAGGUGACGGGUCGACGGAUGGCCGUGUUGAAGUUUUAGGACAACAGUUCUCAAAUUCACUGAGCAAGAAAAGACAACCAGCUGUUGGACCUGGACCUGGACCUGGACCUAGACCUGGACCUGGACCCGGACCUGGACCUGGACCUGGACCCAGCUGUCAGUCUGCAAUGAGCGACAUGUCAGCUGGGCGCUUAAUUGAUUUUAAAGCACAACCAGCUUCUCUUCCACAUGGACCAAACCAAGAGAGCUCCAACGUUUCCAGUAACCAGGAUGUCCAGCAGCUCAACAAAGUGUUUCAGGUUCUCCGGCAGGACAUCAUCAACUUUGUGGAAGAGGAGCUCAAUAAGUUUCAGGAGGAUCUGCGUCACCCAGAAAUGUUUGAGAGUCCGAGGGGUGUCGAGGAUGAAGGGAUCAACAGAGAGGCAUUUCGAGAGAUCACAGUGGACUUCCUGAGGAGAAUGAAUGAGGAUGUGCUGGCCGACCUGCUGCAGAGGAGUAGCCCUUCUUCAGUUUGCAAACAGAAACUCAAAUCUAACCUGAAGGAGAAGUUCCAGUGUGUGUUUGAGGGGAUUGCUAAAGCAGGAAACCCAACCCUUCUGAAGCAGAUCUACACAGAGCUCUACAUCACAGAGGGAGGGACUGGAGAGGUCAAUGAUGAACACGAGGUCAGACAGAUUGAAACAGCAUCCAGGAAACCAGACAGACCAGAAAAAACCAUCAGACAAGAAGACAUCUUUAAAGCCUCACCUGGAAGAGAUGAACCAAUCAGAAGAGUGAUGACAAAGGGAGUGGCUGGCAUCGGGAAAACAGUCUUAACACAGAAGUUCACUCUGGACUGGGCUGAAGACAAAGCCAACCAGGACAUACAUUUCACAUUUCCAUUCACUUUCAGAGAGCUGAAUGUGCUGAAAGAGAAAAAGUUCAGCUUGGUGGAACUUGUUCAUCACUUCUUUCCUGAAACCAAAGAAGCAGGAAUCUGCAGGUUUGAAGAGGUUGUGUUCAUCUUUGACGGUCUGGAUGAGUGUCGACUUCCUCUGGACUUCCACAACACAAAAAUCCUGACUGACGUUACCAAGUCCACCUCAGUGGAUGUGCUGCUGACAAACGUCAUCAGGGGGAACCUGCUUCCCUCUGCUCGCCUCUGGAUAACCACACGACCUGCAGCAGCCAAUCAGAUCCCUUCAGGGUGUGUUGACAUGGUGACAGAGGUCAGAGGGUUCACUGACACACAGAAGGACGAGUACUUCAGGAAGAGAUUCAGAGAUGAGGAUCAGGCCAACAGAAUCAUCUCCCACAUCAAGACAUCCAGAAGCCUCCACAUCAUGUGCCACAUCCCAGUCUUCUGCUGGAUCACUGCUACAGUUCUGGAGGAUGUGCUAAAGACCAGAGAGGGAGGAGGGCUGCCCAAGACCCUGACUGAGAUGUACAUCCACUUCCUGGUGGUUCAGUCCAAACUGAAGAACAUCAAGUAUGAUGGAGGAGCUGAGACAGAUCCACCCUGGAGUCCAGAGAGCAGGAAGAUGAUUGAGUCUCUGGGAAAACUGGCUUUUGAGCAGCUGCAGAAAGGAAACCUGAUCUUCUAUGACUCAGACCUGACAGAGUGUGGCAUCAAUAUCAGAGCAGCCUCAGUGUACUCAGGAGUGUUCACACAGAUCUUUAAAGAGGAGAGAGGACUGUACCAGGACAAGGUGUUCUGCUUCAUCCAUCUGAGUGUUCAGGAGUUUCUGGCUGCUCUUCAUGUCCAUCUGACCUUCAUCAACUCUGGAGUCAAUCUGAUGUCAGAAGAGUUUUUGACCUCCCAGGAGUGUGACACAGGAAAUGGAGAAACUUCAAUGACACACUUCUACCAGAGUGCUGUUGACAAGUCCUUACAGAGUCCGAAUGGACACCUGGACUUGUUCCUCCGCUUCCUCCUGGGCCUUUCAGUGUCAACCAGUCAGACUCUCUUGCGAGGCCUUCUGACAUCGACAGGAGGUUCACAGACCAAUCAGGAAACAGUCGAGUACAUCAAGAGGAAAAUCAGUAAGAAUCUGUCUGCAGAGAAAAGCAUCAAUCUGUUCCACUGUCUGAAUGAACUGAAUGAUCGUUCUCUGGUGGAGCAGGUCCAACAGUCCCUGAAUUCAGGAUGUCUCUCUAAACGUAAAAUGUCUCCUGCUGAGUGGUCAGCUCUGGUCUUCAUCUUACUGUCAUCACAAACCGAUCUGACCGUGUUUGACCUGAAGAAAUACUCUGCUUCAGAGGAGGCUCUUCUGAGGCUGCUGCCUGUGAUCAAAGUCUCCCAGAAAGUUCUACUGAGUAGCUGUAACCUGACAGAGAGAAGCUGUGAAGCUCUGUCCUCAGUCCUCAGCUCCAAGUCCUGCAGUCUGAGAGAGCUGGACCUGAACAACAACGACCUGCAGGAUUCAGGAGUGCAGCUGUUGUCUACAACACUACAGAGUCCACACUGCAGACUGGAAACUCUCAGACUGUCAGGCUGUCUGAUCACAGAGAAAGGCUGCAGAUCUCUGGCCUCAGCUCUGACCUCAAACCCCUCCCAUCUGAAGGAGCUGGACCUGAGCUACAAUCAUCCUGGAAUCACAGGAUUAACGCUGUUGACCGGUCUACAGAAUUCACAAUCAAAGCUGGACACUCUCAGGUUGGAGCCUACUGGAGUCCAGUGGUUGACACCAGGUUUGAUGAAGUAUUCCUGUGAACUCACAAUCGACACCAACACGGUAAACCACAGAAUCCAACUGUCUGACAACAACAGUAAGGGGAUAUAGGUGAAGGACUCUGUGUUAUAUCCUGAUCAUCCAGACAGAUUUAACUGUCCUCAGCUGCUGUGUAGAGAAGGUCUGACUGGGCGCUGUUACUGGGAGAUUGAGUGGACAGAAGGAGUGAUUAUAUCAGUGAGUUACAGAGGAAUCAGCAGGAAAGAAAACAAUGAGUCUGGAAGAAACGAUCAGUCCUGGAGUCUGACCUGCUAUGAUAAUGGUCGUGGAGUUUUCUACUAUGUCCUUCACAAUAACAAGGAGACACUUAUUACCCGCCCCUCUAUCUCCUCACCCUCCACCACGCACAGAGCAGCGGUGUAUUUGGACCACACUGCUGGCUCUCUGUCCUUCUACAGCGUCUCCUCCGACACACUGAUCCACCUCCACACCUUCAACACCACCUUCACUGAACCUCUCUAUCCUGGGUUUGGGUUCUGGUCCAGAUCUGAAGGUUCCUCUGCAUCUCUGUGUCGUCUGUAGAGGGAGAGUCUCCUUCUGUUCACUGCUGAUCAGUAUCACCCCAUUC